GUUGCUCGCCUUUUCUUCUCACUUUCACUCCUCUCUUUCCCGCUGUCUCCUUCUUCCCUCUCGCUCUGGUUUUUCUUCUUCUCAGACUCACAGGGAAAACAUAAGAACCUAUCUCGACGAAUUCAGCUUUUGGAUCAAGCGUACAGAUACAGAAUCCUCGUUUUGGUUUUUGUUUCUUGCGUGCAUGUGGAAGUGGGGCCUUGUUGCUUCAUUGAGCUAUCUCGACCAAUUUUGCUUGUUUUUAUUGUCACUGUUUGUUGGACGCAGCUUUUCUUGGUAUUGUGAUUGGAGUUUGCCUUGUGGAGGGAGCGUAUGCCUGGAAACAAGUAUAACACGAAUUCAACCCACAUACCUCAGACUCGGACAGGAAGGUUAUUGAGAGAAAAAGAGCUUAGAGAUCGAAGAAAGAGUAGUUGGGCUGCUUCACACUCUAAUGAAGUGACUGGUAAUAAUCGGGGAACUGAAUUCUCUGAUCAUGACUUACGUUUAGGUGAAGGUGAAAACUCCAGGUCCUACAUUGAACGAUUCUUGGAGGAGGCUGCGGCUGCAAGGGCACAAGCUGAGGGAUGUGAUAGACAAGAUGUAAGGCCUUACAACAGGCAACGACUGCUGGUGGUGGCUAAUAGGUUGCCGGUUUCUGCUGUUAGAAGAGGUGAAGACUCUUGGUCCCUUGAGAUUAGUGCUGGGGGUCUGGUUAGUGCCCUUCUGGGUGUGAAGGAGUUUGAGGCAAGAUGGAUAGGAUGGGCUGGAGUGAAUGUGCCAGAUGAGGUUGGACAGAAGGCACUCACCAAAGCUUUAGCUGAAAAGAGGUGUAUUCCAGUGUUCCUUGAUGAAGAGAUUGUUCAUCAGUACUAUAAUGGCUAUUGCAAUAACAUUCUUUGGCCUCUUUUUCAUUACUUGGGACUUCCACAAGAAGAUCGCCUUGCCACCACCAGAAGUUUCCAGUCUCAGUUUGCUGCAUAUAAGAAGGCAAAUCAAAUGUUUGCUGAUGUUGUCAAUAAACAUUAUGAAGAGGGUGAUGUUGUCUGGUGUCAUGACUAUCAUCUUAUGUUUCUUCCAAAGUGCCUUAAAGAAUAUAACAGUAGUAUGAAAGUUGGCUGGUUUCUCCACACACCAUUCCCUUCAUCGGAAAUCCAUAGAACAUUGCCAUCACGGACAGAGCUGCUACGUUCAGUUCUUGCUGCCGAUUUAGUUGGUUUUCACACCUAUGACUAUGCAAGGCAUUUUGUGAGUGCUUGUACUCGUAUUCUUGGACUUGAGGGAACACCCGAGGGAGUAGAGGAUCAAGGGAGGCUGACUCGUGUGGCUGCAUUUCCCAUUGGCAUAGACUCAGAUCGGUUCAUACGAGCACUUGAAGUUCGUGAGGUCCAGGAACACAUCAAAGAUUUAAAAGAAAGAUUUUCUGGCCGAAAGGUAAUGUUAGGUGUUGAUCGCCUUGAUAUGAUUAAAGGGAUUCCCCAAAAGCUUCUGGCAUUUGAAAAAUUUCUUGAAGAAAAUCCACAAUGGCGCGACAAAGUUGUUUUGUUGCAAAUUGCAGUUCCUACAAGAACAGAUGUCCCUGAAUAUCAAAAACUUACAAGCCAGGUUCAUGAAAUUGUUGGACGCAUUAAUGGCCGAUUUGGAACAUUGACUGCUGUUCCAAUACAUCAUCUGGAUCGUUCAUUGGACUUUCAUGCAUUGUGUGCAUUAUAUGCUGUUACUGAUAUAGCACUUGUGACAUCUUUGAGGGAUGGGAUGAAUCUUGUCAGUUAUGAGUUUGUUGCAUGCCAAGGUGCAAAAAAAGGAGUUCUGAUUCUCAGUGAAUUUGCAGGUGCAGCACAGUCACUGGGUGCUGGGGCCAUCCUGGUAAAUCCUUGGAACAUCACAGAAGUGGCUGCUUCAAUUGGUCAGGCACUGACCAUGUCGGCUCAAGAAAGAGAGAAGCGGCAUGAGCAUAAUUUUUUACAUGUCACAACUCACACUGCUCAAGAAUGGGCAGAAACUUUUGUAAGUGAAUUAAAUGAUACUGUGGUCGAGGCACAGCAAAGGUCGAGCAAAGUCCCACCUGAGCUUCCACAACUGGAUGCAAUUGAACGAUAUUUGCAGUCUAACAAUCGCCUGCUGAUAUUGGGGUUCAAUGCAACAUUAACUGAACCAGUAGAUACACCUGGGAGAAGAGGUGAUCAAAUUAAAGAGAUGGACCUCAAAUUGCAUCCGGAGUUAAAAGGACCCUUAACAGCACUCUGCAGUGAUCCAAAGACAACCAUAGUUGUCCUCAGUGGCAGCCACAGACAUGUCUUAGAUGAUAAUUUUCGGGAGUAUGACAUGUGGCUGGCAGCUGAAAAUGGGAUGUUUUUACGACUUACAAAGGGAGACUGGAUGACAACAAUGCCGGAGCACUUGAACAUGGAGUGGGUUGACAGUGUAAAGCAUGUUUUUGAGUACUUCAAAGAGAGGACACCUCGAUCCCACUUUGAUGUACGCGAAACAUCACUUGUAUGGAACUACAAAUAUGCAGAUGUUGAAUUUGGACGGCUUCAAGCACGAGAUAUGUUGCAGCAUCUCUGGACUGGACCAAUCUCUAAUGCAUCGGUUGAUGUUGUUCAAGGAAGCAGAUCUGUUGAGGUGCGAGCAGUGGGUGUUACAAAGGUAAUGACUUUCUCUUCA